UCGCAGCACUCACAAUGGGCUGCGACUCUGGAAAUCUGGGCUCCCUGUCCCGGGUUCAGCUGCUCCUCCUGGACCGACCGGCGCCUGAGACUCUUUUGAGUCCCUUUGAGCUGGAGGAGGAGGUGUCCCCGAGGUCCGAUCUGACGAUGCAGUAUGAUUCAGCAGGUGUUUCGAGGCCGCUCACAGCUGGCAGCGUCUCUGAAAGGUUCAACUCUGCAGGGAAAGUCCAAGAAAACAAAUCGGAUCAGUCCGAAGGAGGUUCAGGGUCGCCAUCGUCAUGGAUCAUAGACCCAAGUCCGUCAUUCGACAUGUUCAGAUCCUCCCAUUCUCCCUCCCAUUCCAGCCACAGUUCCCACACAGGCGAAGGGGGCCCAGAUGAGGAGGAAUCCAAUUAUCCAGGAUGGAGGGACCAAGCUCAGUCCCCGGCUGGAGGGAGAAGGCCUGGGAGUCUCGAGGAUAAGGAAAGCAAGAUGGAGGAGAGGAAAGCAAAGGUGCUGAACGUGCUUUCCAAACUGCAGGACGAAACGCCUCGACAAAGCAAAAGCAGCAAAGGCCACUCAAACUUCGAAGAUUUCGACUUUUUGGCAAAGUACUGCAUUUUCAGUCAGGAGAAGCUGGCCGAGUACAAAAGGGCUUUUGAAGCAGAGGACAGUGACGGUGAUGGCUACAUCUCCUGUCUGCAGGUCCUCCUCGCUCUUAAAAACAUCAUCCCUCCUGAGCUGCUGUCCGAAGAGGAAGAGAUCUACGUCUACAGGAUCCUGGAGAUGGUGGACUUCAGAGUGACAGAUGGGCUCGUGGACCUGAGGCUGUUUGCUGUAAUUGCAAGCCUGGCACAGAAAAUUGCAUCCAUGGACGAGUUUAUGCGAUCGCUAAUCAGCAGCAUGGACUUCCGAUCCUUGGAAGUGAGACUCUUCAAAGCUAAGCAACUUUUCCUGUUCCUCCUGGAGGACCAGCAGGGCGAUGCGGGUGCUCAGAAGGGCUUCAUCAGCGCAGAGCAGCUGCUGCUGGAGCUGAAGGCCGGGGGCAUCCACCUGGAUCAGGAGGUGGCCGUCAGACUGGAGCUGCAGCACAUUCCUCCUCUGGACCUGCUGGACUUCUUGGCCUACCUGCCCCUCUUCAUGCUCAUUCACAAGUCGGUGAUUUCCAACCCUUUUGAUGACUCCAGCAACCUUUGACCUCAGCACUCUGUGGCUGACAUCUCAGCUGAGCCACAUCUGCUUGUAUGAAAAGACGACAUGUGACAAACAGAAAAAUGAUUUUAAAAAGGACAUUUGUAGUGGAGAUACAAAGUAUUUCUUUUAAAUUAUGCAACUUUGUUACAUUUCACUUCUAGCUUUAACCUUUAAAUUUGCUGGUAACAACCAGCAAGACUGAGUUUAGAGUGGAAGAAACCAUUAUACCUUGCUAUCUCCGCUGCACCUGAAACUUAUUUCUUUCAUUUUAAAUUGCUCUAAAUUAGACAUUCAGCAUUAGUUUGGGUUUCAUAAAAUGUAUAUAUAUAGAUAAGCACUAAUAUUUAUGCAAUUAGAUAUUUAGAUCUUAAAGACCAACUCGCUGAAAGAAUGCUUUCACAUUCUAAUGAUAAAAACUAUGAAUACAGGAUUUUUAGUAAUUUAACAGACUAUCAGAGACAAGUGUUUGUUGUUGGACAUUAAAAAAAUAACAGAAGCCUUGGUGAUAAAAGCCGCCAGAACAGAAAUUACACUGGAUGUUUAUGACACACUGAUAAAAGAUAAGUCGAUCAUUAGACUGACGAUCCCUUAGGGACUUCUGUGGGGUAAUGUUCAAACAAUCUCUCUCCUCGACAGCUGUGUAAACACAUAUUUCCAUAUGAAUACUUUGAAUAUAAACAAGAGUCAAGAUUUUGGAAGUCAAAAUGUUUUUGACCUUUUAUAGUUCAAUUAAUGAAUAAACCAUGGAAAUACAGUCGUGAAACCAUCAGUUAUCUUCUGUCAAGGAGUCAGAUUUUUAUUGUCUCCUUUAUUUUUUUCUGCAUUAAUAAUGUAAACACUCUGCAGCAUGUGUGUGUGUGUUUAUAUCCACGUUACAUUUUACACUUUGUUUGCACUGCGCUCCCUUUAGCAGUCAUUUCAAUUCCCUGAAAAUAGAAAUGAAUUUACUCUGCACUUCCCACUCCAUCUCUCAUCUGUACGAGUGGCUGAAUUUUAUUGGCAUCGCACAGUCUCAGGUGGUCACAUUGCUGCUGGUCUCUUCCUGUGCGCAUGUCCUUUACGUCACACGUGUGCUGAGUAUGUUCUGUUUCCAGCCUCUGUCGUUUCUCUGAGGCAUGUGGAUCACGUCACAGAGCAGUAAAGUGCUGUCUGUGGUCCUGAAAUCUUCUGUGGCUGCUGUAGUUUCAGAGUCUGACGCUCUGAUUCAUGUAACAAGUGUUCAUUGUUGUGGAGUUUAUUUUAAAAAAAAAGACACAAAAACAUUUGAUAAAAAUGCAGCAGCGCAGCAGAGCUAUUGGCUACCGUCCAGUUCAGUCCAACUUAAUCAACACUGAUGAAUGAUGUUCGCUAAGAUAGUCAACUGAUGUGGUUUGAGCCUUUGUUUUGCCUAAGCUUUGCCAAUUAGA